GAGGCGGGAGGGGCUGCCCCCAGGGAGGGCGGGCUGUGCGCGCCCCUACGCCCGACGCACCUCGCGGCCGGCCCAUGCUCCGGCGGGCGGCGAGCUCUAACACCUGGGGCCGGGCGGGGACGGCGGGGGCCUGCGCGCUGUGGGCGCGGCCGAUCCGCGGAGCCGGAGGGUGAGGCCGCGCGGCGGGGCUGGGACUCGGUUGCCACCUCCAGAUCGGGCCCGGGGCGGCAAGGGGGGCCGCCGCGAUGCCAGGUGAAAAUAUCUUCCUGUUUGUGCCUAACCUCAUCGGUUAUGCCCGGAUUGUCUUCGCCAUCGUUUCUUUCUACUUCAUGCCCUGCUGCCCCCUCACGGCCUCUUCCUUCUACUUGCUCAGCGGACUUCUGGACGCUUUCGAUGGACACGCUGCUCGAGCCCUUAAUCAAGGGACCCGGUUUGGGGCCAUGCUGGACAUGCUGACGGACCGCUGCUCCACCAUGUGUCUGCUGGUCAACCUGGCCCUGCUGUACCCACGGGCCACCCUUCUCUUCCAGCUCAGCAUGAGCCUGGAUGUGGCCAGCCACUGGCUGCACCUCCACAGUUCUGUGGUCCGAGGCAGUGAGAGUCACAAGAUGAUUGACCUGUCUGGAAAUCCGGUGCUUCGCAUCUACUACACCUCCAGACCUGCCCUGUUUACCCUGUGUGCUGGAAAUGAGCUCUUCUACUGCCUUCUCUACCUGUUCCAUUUCUCCGAGGGACCUUUAGUUGGCUCUGUGGGUCUUUUCCGAGUGGGCCUCUGGAUCACCGCCCCCGUCGCGGCGCUCAAGUCUCUCAUCAGUGUCGUCCACCUGGUCACAGCCGCCCGCAACAUGGCUGCCCUGGAUGCGGCAGACCGAGCCAGGAAGAAGUGACCCCGGAAUCUCCAGCCCCUGGCCACCCACCUGCCCUGGGGAGUCUCGCUGGGUCGCAUGGCUCCCCUCUCCCUCCUGCGAGGGCCCAGGCUCCCGUCUUCCUAAUGUGUUGUCCGGCCUGCUGGGAAGGGGGGUUGGCCUCUUGGGUGAUGCCAUGUUCUCCAGAGUCCUGAGGACCAGUCCCACCCCUGGGAUUCCCAAGGACCUGGACUUCAAAUCAGGGAGGAUCCUCAGGAGGCCCCGGCCAUACGGGCAGUGCUCCUGGGACACCAAGAGGCCUGAGGACCUGGCAUUGUCGCACCUGCUGGCUCAGCCCACGGAUCUGGCUUGGCCUGGGACGUUAGGGACACUUGAGUGAGGGAGAUGGGGUAGGGGCCAGGUUUCUCAGAAGGCGGGGAGUCAGAGCUGUGCCCCUGGCCCCAGGAAGCCUGGGGUACCCCGGCCAGGAGAGAAGGGGGCGUGUCGGUCCUUUCCCAUAUCAUUCUCCUGUGUCCGGUCCUGGCUCUGAAAACCU